UUUACAACAUAAGACAACCAUGUCGAUUGAAGCAUUGUCUGGCAAAGUUUUUCUACUGGUAACUGGUGCAAGUCGUGGAAUCGGUCGCCAAAUUGCGAUAACAUUUAGUUCGAUGCUGGAGGAAGGCUCGCGUGUUCUUUUAUUAGCGAGAAAUAAAGAUGCGUUGCAAGAAGUCGCGAAAAAUAUACCUUCUAAAAUAAAAGUUUGUACUAUUAGUGCAGAUUUAAGUAAAUCAACUGAUACAAAGUUCGAAGAAUUUCUAUCGGAAUCUUUGAAGGAAACUACUCCCGAUGCGUUUGAUCGAAUGGUUCUAAUACAUAAUGUAGGCUCCAUGGGCAAUAUUUCUCAAGCUGUAAAUGACAUAUGACCUGCUGUAUUAAAUACGGUGGUCAUGAAUAUAUUUAAUAGUAAAACUAUUAAGAAGAUGGUUAUCAAUAUUACAUCUUUGUAUGCAAUUCAAGCAGGCGUUGGUUGUGGUCAAUAUUGCUCGGUGAAAGCAGCACGAGAAAUGUACUUUAAGGUUUUUGCUUUAGAAAACCCCGAUGUGAAUGUAUUGAAUUAUGCACCUGGACCUGUCGACACGGAUAUGUUUACAAUGGUUUGCGAAAAAAUAAUUGAUCCCAAAGCUAAAAAGGCAUUUAAUGAGAUGCGAGAAAAGAAAACUGUAUUGACCACAGAGCAGACUGUUAAUCGCCUUGUGCAAGUCUUGAAAGAGCAUAAGUACAAUUCGGCCGAUCAUGUGGAUUAUUAUGAUAAGUUGUGAAAAGUAAAAAUAA